UUGGCGCCAAAAUGGCAGAUGAAACCGAGGAGAUGGAGAUCUGCGCGAGUGUUUCGAACACAGAAGGAGAAAAGAGAAGCGAUGAUUCACAUAGUGCGGAGAUGGAUUUAGACAAGCCACGUGACAAGAGGCCGCAGUUAGGCAAGAAACGACACGAUAUGCCGUGGGUUGAAAAAUAUAGACCUACACAUUUGUCAGAAGUAACUGGAAAUGAAGAAACAAUACGAAGACUGGCGGUCUUUGCCAAGGAUGGAAACGUUCCAAAUAUCAUUAUUGCAGGGCCACCAGGAACAGGAAAGACCACAAGCAUAUUAUGUCUUGCUCGCACGCUGCUCGGACAGUCAUUCAAAGAUGCUGUAUUAGAGCUAAAUGCAUCCAACGACAGAGGUAUUGAUGUUGUGAGGAACAAGAUAAAGAUGUUUGCUCAGAAGAAAGUGACAUUACCGAAAGGAAGGCAUAAAAUUAUAAUCCUCGAUGAAGCCGAUAGCAUGACUGAUGGUGCCCAGCAAGCUCUUAGACGCACAAUGGAAAUAUACUCAAAGUCAACACGAUUUGCAUUGGCUUGCAAUCAGUCAGAGAAGAUAAUUGAGGCUAUUCAAUCGCGAUGUGCUGUGCUGCGCUACUCAAGGCUGUCUGAUGGUCAAAUACUGACAAGACUGCUGGAAGUGUGUGAGAAAGAAAAUGUGGUUAAAACUGAUGAUGGUCUAGAAGCCAUUAUAUUUACAGCCCAAGGAGACAUGAGACAAGCCAUCAAUAACUUACAGUCAACACACUUCGGAUUUGGGAUUAUAAACGGUGACAAUGUCUUCAAGGUGUGUGAUGAGCCUCAUCCACUGCUAAUCAAACAAAUGCUGCAACACUGUGUCACGGCCGAUAUUGAUGAAGCAUACAAGAUCAUGUCCCACUUGUGGCGUUUGGGCUAUUCUUCAAUCGAUAUCAUUACAAAUGUCUUUCGUGUUUGUAAGACCAUGCAGAUGGCAGAGUACCUCAAAUUAGAGUUCAUAAAGGAGAUUGGGUUUACUCAUAGGAGAAUCAUUGAAGGAGUCAAUUCUCUACUUCAAAUGUCUGGAUUGUUGGCACGAUUGUGUCAAAAGAAUUUGCCCCCUGUUGAGAGCAAAUGAUAGGCUAGAUAAUCUAGAACUUUUGUGUAUUGUUACUUGCACACAGCCCCGCGUUUAUCAGGUUUAUUAACAAUUAAGGAAAUUACAAUUCAAUUUUGUGUCUCUUACCUGCCACUGUCAAAUGAUAUUAGUAUAUUAGACAAUUUGAAACUAGAAUGCUUGCAGCUUGGAUAGAUUGAUCAUUAUGUGCUUUGUAUGUAUACUGGGCCUUCUAGGAUUUCAACUGAGAAUGUCAAUAACUUAC